AUGAGUGCGUCGUCGUUUGCGGACGCCUCUCUUGCUCGCGAUCCCCCAGGUUCUGAAUUUGACUUGAACAUUCGCCAGCAGCCCACUCGGGCGCGCGUGGCUGGUGGGAAAGAGAAAGAGCGCAAGCCAGUGGAUCCCCCACCGAUUGUGCAAAUCCGGGUAAGAGAGGAGGGGACUUAUCUCUCGCAGCACUAUCUGCAAAGUCCCUACUAUUUUAUGUGCUGCAGCUUGUACGAUGGCUCGGAAGACAGCCCAGUUCCCGUGUCCCCGUCCACAGCUUUGACGGGCACCCUGGUUUCCUCUCUUCAUCGGUUGAAGGAUGUGGACAAUACCGGUAAGUCAAAAGUCCGAACUCUCCGGUCAAAAGAAGAAGGCGGAAACAUUGGAGACUGA